CCUGCCUGCCACAAGUAUGGCGUGCCUGGAUGUCCAAGGGACUACAAUCCAGUUUGUGGGACCGACGGAGAAACCUACUCAAACGAGUGUGUGCUCUGCCUUUCAAACAGUGAAAAUAAAAAGGAUGUCCAGAUUUUCAAGAUGGGAAGAUGCUGA